UUUAUCGUCGGCCAGCGACGACGAUCGCGUUACAGUCCCCACCGCCCGCCCCUUUUACCUGUUUUUUUGUUAAUUUGUUUUAUAUAAUUUUUUUGGCAAAUUAAAUCAGUGCAAAAAACCUUUUUGUUAAAACGUGUGCGUGUGUUUUCCGUUUCUGUGGCUGUUUCUCCGAUUUUCGGGGGUACUUCGAUAAAAUUCCAAAGUGCCCAGCGUUUCGGAGACUUUUGUGCACUCAUUAAAGCGCAAUUAAAAAGUAACCAAGCCAAUGCCAAAAUGGCAAAGCAAAUAACCAACGGUAAAAACGGACAAAAAGAGGAGCCCAAUUCCCAAAAUGUGGUGGUACCUAUUCCGUAUCCCAAAUCGGUGGCGUUUAUUAUCAGCAAUGAGUUCUGCGAGCGUUUUAACUACUAUGGAAUGCGCACUAUUCUGGUGCUGUAUCUCACCAACAAGCUGGGCUACAAUGAGGAGACCUCAACGGUGCUGUUCCACACAUUCACCAUGCUGGUCUAUAUCUUUCCCCUGAUCGGAGCUCUAAUCGCCGAUGGCUGGCUGGGGAAGUACAAGACGAUACUGUAUCUGUCGCUGGUCUACAGCGUGGGCGCCAUGGUCGUGUCCUUUGGCGCCGUUCCACUCACUGGGAUGCCGACCAAAGCGGUGACUGUGGUGGGACUCCUGCUGAUUGCGAUUGGAACUGGUGGGAUCAAGCCCUGCGUUUCGGCCUUUGGUGGCGAUCAGUUUUCGCUGCCCGCCCAGAGUCUCCAGUUGGCCAAGUUCUUCUCGCUCUUUUACUUUGCCAUCAACGCGGGCUCCCUGAUCUCGACCACCUUCACCCCGAUCCUGAGGGCGGAUGUCCAUUGCUUCGGCGAUCAGGACUGUUUCUCGCUGGCCUUUGGAGUACCCGCCGUCCUGAUGAUCAUCUCGGUGCUGAUCUUCAUGGCCGGCAAGCGGCUGUACAGGUGCCAACCGCCGGCCGGAAACAUGAUCUUCGGGGUGUCGCGCUGCAUUGCGGAUGCGUUCAAGGGAUGGCGCAAGCGCCGGCACUCGGAGCCGAUGGAGAGCUUCCUGGACUACGCCGAGCCGACGGUGGGAGCGAGGAUGGUGCGGGAGACCAAGUGCCUGGGCAGGAUCCUGCGCCUCUUCCUGCCAUUCCCCGUCUUCUGGGCCCUCUUCGACCAGCAGGGAUCGCGAUGGACCUUCCAGGCCACCCGGAUGGACGGCAUGGUGCUGGGCUAUCAGAUAAAGCCCGAUCAGAUGCAGGUGGUCAACCCGCUGCUUAUCCUGGGAUUCCUGCCCCUCUUCGACUACAUCGUCUACCCAAUUCUGGGGCGCGUGGGAAUCAAGAGACCGCUGCAAAAGCUCACUAUUGGCCUGCUCCUGGCUGCCAUGGGAUUCUUUUUGUCGGCGGCUCUGGAGAUGAAGAUGGAGCAGGCCGCCUACCAGGCCACGCCCGUGGAACCGGACACCGCCCAUCUGCGGCUGUACAAUGGCAUGCCCUGUCGCUAUGAGUUUGAGACCAAGUUGGCCGAAAAGAUGGACGGUGCCCCGCGCUUCAUUGAAUCCCUGGAAAUGUGGUCAGAUCUUGCGGUUGCGGUGCCGAAAGCCAAGGAGUACGCAUUUAGGGCGCGGCCUGUGAAUGGAAAGUGCCCGGAAAUCACUGGAAAAGUGCGCCUGCAGCCGGGCAAGUCCACGGGUUACUUCCUGACCCAGGGCAAGUUGGUGGAGUUCACCGACGGACUGGAAAUGCCAGCCAGUGUAAGCAGUGAGCCCUUGGUGCGGGCCUUGCUGAGUACGCCGGAGGGAGAGGGACCUGUACUGCUGCUGAGUGGCGCCACCCAGGGAUCACCACUCUCGCUGGACAACCGCAAUGUGUCGAUGCUGCACAGGAUUUCGCCUGGCCUCGCCGAGGUGAACAUCAAUGGAAGGAAUGCGGCCAGCUUCGAGGCGAAGGGCGGAGGACUCUAUAGCCUCCUGGUGGCGGGAAAUGCCCGCGAUGGCUACCACUACAACAUGCUGGAGGUGGUGGCCCCCAGUGCCGUAUCGAUUCUGUGGCAACUGCCCCAGAUUGUGGUGAUGACGGCGGCCGAGGUGAUGUUCUCCGUGACCGGACUGGAGUUCUCCUACUCCCAGUCGCCGCCCAGCAUGAAGAGUGUCCUGCAGGCCUGCUGGCUCCUCUCGGUGGCCAUCGGCAACAUGAUCGUGGUGGUGAUUGCCGAGUUCAAGUUCACCAGCACCCAGUCCGGCGAGUUCACCCUGUUCGCCAGCCUCAUGCUGGUCGACAUGCUCAUCUUUUUGUGGCUGGCCCGCAGUUACCAGUACAACGAUCAGUGCGACGACGGGGACAAUGAUGAGGUCGUGCAAUCGAAACCCUCGGCAUCUACAUUGGAGCCUCCCCUGCGAAGAAACGGGCACUUGGAGGCGGAACCGGGCUACGGGGCAUAUCGCAAUCACGCCUACGAUAACGAUUUCUCGGAGGCCUGAGUGUCCGUACUUGUAAAUCAUACCUCUCAAUCCCAUUCGCAUUUAGCCUUAGUCAACGCUGGUAUUUAUUUUACUUUUUCGCAUUUAUCUGUAGAGUCUGUUGUAAAUACGUUCGUUUGUACGAGUAUUAUAUGUAUGCAUUUUUUUACCCAAUCGUUUUGUAAAUACAUUUUAUACGUUUUAUUAUA